CCAGGACUAUCACACCGUGUGACAGUUCGAAAAAACUGUCACACGGCAAACUGUCACACGGCGAACUGUCACACCCCUGCUGUAACGUCGUCAGAACGUUUGGAAGACACAACGACAUGCAAGCGCUUAAUUGACACAGAUUGUUUGUUGUUGCAGACGAUAGCCUAACAUUUUGUUUUCUCUCUCGAAACUGUCAAACAUGGAUCAACACACGCGUUUUCAAAACGCCACAGACGUAGAUAUCGAGUCAUUAUUAACGGACAGAGAUAGCCAAAACACUAAAAGGGUCAUACAAACGUCUGUCAAGAUAAUGGAGAACUAUAUAGCAGAUUCUCAUACCAGCACAAACAUCGCAGAUAUCUCAGCAUUAUACGAGAUACCGACAACGGAUUUUAACCUAUUUCUUAGAAAAUUUAACGAAGAUAUCCGAAAGGCUAAUGGUGAGUUUUAUGCCAAGAAGUCAAUGAUUAGUGUCCGAUUUGGUUUACAAAGACAUUUUGUGAAAAAACGAGAUGAAGACAUCAUAAAUGAUGCAGAUUUUAAAAGUGCAAAUGACGUAUUCAAGGCUGUUCUUGUUCGGAUAUCCAAGCUGGGAGUGUCGGAAUCUAAACAUAAACCGCCCAUCACAACUGAGGAUUUAGACAAACUGUACAACCAUGGUGUUUUUGAUGUCAGUACAAGUUCUGGACUAUUAAACAGAGUAUUUUUUGAGUUUAUGUACUUCUUUUGUAAAAGAGGAAGAGAGAAUCUACGUUCAUUGAAAAAAUCUGACUUUGUCAUUCGAGUUGACUCACAAGGAAAGAGGUACGUGGUAAUGAAGACAGAGCAUCAAACCAAAAAUCACAGAGGGGAUGAUUUACAGAACGAGCAUUUCAGCCAGGCUAGGAUGUAUGAAAUACCAGGCAAUGAGAGAUGCCCAGUGGCUACCUUUGAAAAAUAUCUAAGCAAGUUAAACCCUGAAAUUGACGACUUUUGGCAAAGGCCGAAAAAAAAUGUAACGGAAUCAUCUGCUGUGUGGUAUGAUGCUGUGCCUUUAGGAAAGAACACUUUAUGUUCAUUAAUGUCCAAAAUCAGUCAUCAGGCAUCGCUUUCCGAGAUUUACACUAACCACUGCAUCAGAGCAACAUGUAUCACUAAUCUAGACCAGCAUGGAAUUGAGUCGCGUCAUAUAAUAGGAAUUUCGGGUCAUAAAAGAGAAGGAAGUUUAAAGUCCUACUCAUCAAAACUCAGCGACAAUAAAAAAGACAUUUCAAAAGUAUUAGCUGAAAGUACUACUAACUCUAUGAGCAGACAAAAUACAGUACAGAACAAUCCGGACGUUCAACACUUGUCAAAAAAUGUAAAUGUCCCAGAAUUCGAUGUUUCUCAUAUUGACUUUCUGGAUGAUGAUGCUGUAAAUGAUCUUCUGAGUAAAAUAAAUGAGGGUUCCUAUGAUAUAACAGAAAAUAAUCAAAACUCAAAGUCGGUGUUUCAUCGCGAACCAUGUUAUGACUCAGGAGUACCUCAUCAAGGGGUUAACGUGUACAAUUCAGUUGUUCAUGUGCAUUACUAUCAAAAAUGA